CCGUCUGCUGCAGUCGGUUGUUUAUUCCUCGGUUCCCCCGGAGCAGCACCGGGUCUCCUUUAAAUCUCGCUGGUGAUUCUGAUGUUUACGGCGGAGCAGACGGAGAUCCGCAUGGCCGGUGCUGCCGCUGAGGAGAAACACAGAUCAUCAUCAUCAUCAUCUUCAUCUGAAAGGAUGCGGGUUUCCUCCAUCAUGCUGGCUGUCCGUGUGUGAUCGCGGCUUGAUUCUUCUGGGCUGAGAUGGUUCGGGUGGUCAGUGUUUUGGGGCUGGUGAUGUUCAGCGUUGCUUUAUUAAUUUUGUCAUUGAUCAGCUACGUCUCCAUCAAGAAGGACUUCAUCUUCACCGCCCCGAAAUACGCCAACGCCGGCGGCCCGCGGAUGUACAUGUUCCACGCGGGAUUUCGGUCCCAACUGGCCAUGAAGUUUCUGGAUCCUGCGUUCACAUCGCUGAAUACUGCGCUCAACGAGAACCUGCAGGAGUCCAGCAACUGGAGGUUCAACAGGAGCGCUUAUGCAGAGCUCAGUAAAGAGAUCGCGCAGCAUAUUGACGUGCCGCACAACUUCACCCUGACCAAGAACAGCGUCCGCGUGGGUCAGUUAAUGCACUACGACUACUCCAGUCACAAAUACGUCUUCUCCAUUGGGGAGAACCUCAGGUCUCUGCUUCCGGAUGCUUCUCCCGUCCUCAACAAACGCUACAACACUUGCGCGGUAGUGGGAAACAGCGGGAUCCUCACCGGCAGCCGAUGUGGUCCUGAAAUCGACAAAUAUGACUUUGUCUUCCGCUGUAAUUUCGCGCCCACCGAAGUCUUCCGUCGAGACGUGGGGCGCCGGACCAACCUCACCACCUUUAACCCCAGUAUUCUGGAGAAAUACUACAACAACCUGCUGACCAUCCAGGACAGGAACAACUUCUUCCUCAGUUUGAAGAAGUUGGACGGCGCCAUCUUAUGGAUCCCGGCCUUUUUCUUUCACACGUCUGCCACAGUGACGCGAACACUUGUCGAUUUCUUUGUCGAGCACAAGGGGCAGCUGAAAGUACAGCUAGCCUGGCCGGGAAACAUCAUGCAGUAUGUCAACAGGUAUUGGAAAACGAAGCAGCUUUCUCCGAAGCGUCUGAGCACGGGGAUCCUGAUGUUCACGCUGGCCUCGUCUCUGUGUGAACAGGUGCAUUUGUACGGAUUCUGGCCCUUCGGCUGGGACCCCAACACCGGCAAGGAGCUGCCGUAUCAUUACUAUGACAAGAAGGGCACCAAAUUCACCACCAAGUGGCAGGAGUCGCACCAGCUGCCCACCGAGUUCAAGCUGCUCUUCAAGAUGCACGCAGACGGAGUCCUCAAACUGAGCCUGUCCCACUGCGCCUGAAGGUCAGAGGGCAGAGGUCACGGAGUCAGGGCCGGAGUCUCGGUUGCACUAAUGGAUAUUUGUGGUGGUUUUAUAUCAGCAUCGAGCUCCUCAGUGGUGUGUUGGAACUAAUUAUGUCAGAGUUGUGAUGGAAAGGAAAGUUGGUCACACUUUACAGUAAAGUCCAGUGCAUUAUUGGGUGUUUUCAAGUACAAAACAUUCAACUUAAUGAGGAAACAACGAGAAAUGUUCCAUUCAUUAAUAUGUGCUGAAUUUAAAUAAACUCAUUAAGCAAAUUUUCUGCUAUGAAACUCACGCGCAGGCUGAUAGAUCACCAAAUCUGCUUCUGCAUCAUGGCGCAGGGGACUGGUUGCUGUCUCCUCGACAGCCAAUGAGCUUGCACUUGAUCAGUUUAAACGCUCCAAGUCAUCUAAUGCUGUUAAGCUGUGGUGUAUUUUCGAAGGCCCU